AUGCAACCCUCCCUCGACUCCUUCUCCACCCCCUCCUCCUCCACCCCUUGCUCCCUUCCCGCCCUCCGCUCCUCUUGGCACCACACCUCUUCCUCCGCCACCGCCACCGCCACCAACACCAACACUAACACCAACACCACCACCCCAAAGCACUCCCUGAUCCUCGAUUCUCUCACAGCCAACAAGGUCACUAUGGUCGAGAACCUCGUAGACACCGCAGCACUGAUUAUCGAAUCGAUCUGGCCCAGCCCUGCUGGUGCCCAGUACUCCACAAAGGCCCCCGUCAUCCCCCUCCACAUCUUCGUCAAGGAAACCCUCAGGCGGUCCCGCACCACCCUCUCCACCCUCCAGCUCGCCCUCUACUACAUCUACAAGGUCCGCAACCAGGUCCUCGCCGCCCGGGAAAAGAUUCGCCAGGAUCAAAUCUACCACCUCCAGCAGCAGCAGCGCGCUGCCCUCCACCAACCCCAGCCCCUGUCCCCCAACGGCUCCAGCGACGCCUUCUCCGCAGAGGAAGAGUUCAAGCAGCGCGACUACUUCAACUCUCUCUCCCUUCAUGCCCACACUCAGACCAGCACCAAACAUACCCUUCCCAUGACCCCACCCGGAACCAACAAUACCCCGUCCGCACUCUCUCCCAUCUCCCUCUCUUCCUCCGCCUCGACCUCGCCCAUCCUCGCAAAGUCCGAGCCAGUCGGCUGCGGCCGUCGCAUGUUCUUGGCUGCACUGAUUCUCGCCUCAAAGUUCCAGCAGGACCGCACCUACUCCAACAAGGCUUGGUCAAAGAUCUCGGGCCUGCCGGUCGCAGAGAUCAACCUGAACGAGAUCACCUUCUUGACCUUGAUCGACUACCGCCUCUUCGUUUCGCAGGCAGUCUUCCAGAAAUGGGUUACCAUCCUCACGGAGAAGGGCAGGAUCCGGGACAGGGCCGCUCUUAACCGCAGCUGCAGUGCGCUUAGCGCGGAUGUCCAGCCAAAGAGACGCAGCUCGAUCCAGUAUUGCAGCAACACCCUCCCCUCGCGUAUGACCUGCGUUACCGCCUCGUCUUUGGAAUACCAGCACCAGCCUCAGGUUCAGCCUCAGCAGCAUCAGCAGCAGCAGCAGCCAUCAUACAAGGACAUGGUGCCUCACCUUCCCUCCUUCUCCUUAUUCCUUGAGCAGCAGAAGGCAGUGCAGUCUGCCGCUCCUCUUGAGCGUCAGUUCGAUUUCUCGCCUGUUGGUGCGCCUGUGUUGCCAAAGCUGAGCAUGGACAGCAACAACAGCUCGUUGAACAACCACACCGCGAGCGGUCUCCUUCAGCCUGAGGCCUUGCCAAGACAGCAGCAGGGCAUGGGUCUGUCAAUGACCCAUCGGUGGGUGUUGGCUCAACGACGCGAACUUUUGCGUUCGCGAAUGCAGGCGAUGGGGUAUACUUUCACAGAAUCGCCUCGGUCUUCUCCCCUGGCUGCACCUCAGACCCAGCCUCCCCAGCCCUUUGGAUCGUCUGUGCAUCUGCUUCAGCCCGUCUUUGAGCCCCAGGAGCAGCAGCAGAACCAGUACAAUAACAUGAUUCUGAACAAUUUCCAGAACAACGUGAUCACGUACUCUCAGACGAGGACCCUUAGUCUGGACAAGAUGCAGCAGCGUCUGGAGACCAAGGGGUUCCAGUUGGAGGAGAAGCAUAGCAGCUUCAUGCCGUCGCCUGCUUCAUCAGUGUCUCCUCAGGGCCUUGCUGGCUCGAAGCGUCGCAUGAACGAGACGGAGACGGCGGAGGAGCUUUCUGCAGAGAUGCGAAGCAGAACUCGCAGACGCCUGAGCGUUUCCUUUUUGGUAGACUGUUAG